GGCGAGAUGCGACCCUUCACAUCAACAAUCACCUGGCCGCGUCGUUCACUGUUACGCCUAUAUCGUUACAGUUAUACAUCAUUUCGAAACAUGCAGCUUCUAGCCGCACUUGCCUUCGCUCGAUCAUACGCGAUGGCAUGGUCAUCGGCGACCCAGGAGGCCUUCAGCUACUGGACGAGGACCGAGCCGCCUUUCUUCCCUUCGUUGUAUGCACACAUGCUCCUCCAAUCAAACAACCUUGGAACCGUCCACACUGACCCACUACAGCUACAUCUCAUCCGCUAUGGUCAUCAUACACGUCGGCGCAGAACUUACACCCUACGUCGUUCACCGAGAUCUGGUCUGCCAGUGCUCGCCAUACUUCAAAGCGCUUUUCCUCGGCCACUUCCGCGAGCGCACCACGCGCACGACCACGUGCCCUGACGUCGAAGACGCAGACUUUCGACGCUUCCUGGGCUGGCUGUACAAUCCGAGAAGGGACGAUUUGGCGUCGCGUCUGGCGCCGCAUAUCCGGCUAUGGACCCAGCGGUUCUCCUGCGCCACAUUACUCCGGCUGUAUGUCUUCGCGGACGCGUACGAUAUUCCGCAAAUCCGCGAUGAUAUCGUCGCCCAUUUUUUCGACGUCAUGGCCGUCAAGCUCAGUUUACCUUCGUACGGCCUUAUCAAUGCGGCUUUUGCCCGCCUCCCGGCCAAUUCUCCCCUCUGCCGCCUCGUAGUCGACGUUAUGGUCCGCUACUUCGACGAGUCAUGUGAGGGAGAUGAGGACAGAGCGGAGCGCGAGGCACUGCACGAGGAUUUCCUGCUCUCGAUGAUGAUGAAGCAUGCAGAGAGGAAUACGCGUAUUAGGGGGGAUGCGUUGAGUGUGAGGUAUAGGCUCUUUAUACAUCAUUAUCUGGAGGAGCAGAUUGGGGAGACGGCGAAGGGAUUGAGGAGUCUCACGUCAGCGGAUGAGCGGGCGAGGGAUAAAGUGUUAUUGAGGGAGGAAGAGGAUGACUUGGGGAGCGCAGUUGAGCAGCUGGAUAUCGGAGAUUGAGAAGUGAUGGGUUGAUAGGAUAGUACAGCUACAUGAAGGCAUGCGGCCUGGAAUUAUGCAAGAGGGCUCGCGGGGUUGGAG